GGUCGCGCAUGCGCUCUGCAGACAGCGCUGGAAGAGUUCAGUAGUUGUAGCGGCUGGUGGGUGCUGGCGGCUUCCUGCCACUUUCUUGCGGGGCAGUUACUGGGAGACGCUGAAGGACUAUCAAGAAAACUGAAGUGUGGACAUAGUUUUGGGGGCACCCUACAUAUCUGCAGAAGCCAUGACUAUGCCCUUUAGGAAAGACCUGGACAAGUACAGGGAUAUUGAUGAGGAUGAACUUCUUGGAAACCUUUCUGAAGCCGACCUGAAACAACUGGAAAAUGUCUUGGAGGAGCUGGACCCAGACAAUGCACUGCUUCCAGCGGGAUUUCGACAGAAGGACCAGACGCAGAAGAAAGCCUCCGGAUCUUUCGAUAGGGAGCACCUCUUGGAGUAUCUAGAAAAAGACGCGUUGGCUCAGAAAGAUAUAGAUGAUUAUGUACCUUUUACAGGGGAGAAGAAAGGCAAAGUAUUUGUUCCCAAGCAAAAACCCAUACAGUUCCGCACAGAGGAAAAAAUCGCUCUGGAUCCAGAACUGGAAGAAGCAUUAAGUAGCGCCACUGAUACAGAACUGUGUGACCUUGCAGCCAUCCUUGGAAUGCCCAACCUGCUGCCAAACAGUGCUAUAAACACUAGUAAUGGGUUUGAUAGCCAAGGUUUUCCAAAUGUUGUCAAAGCAGAACCAGUAAGGCCAAUUUUAGAUGAACCUCCAAACCCCACCAAUGUAGAAGAAAGUUUGAAGAGAAUCCGAAGUAAUGACCCACGCCUGGUUGAAGUUAAUCUGAAUAACAUCAAGAAUAUUCCAAUUCCAACAUUGAAAGACUUUGCGAAAGCAUUGGAGUCAAAUAGCCACGUCAAGACAUUUAGCAUUGCCGCAACGAGGAGUAAUGAUCCUGUAGCAGUAGCAUUUGCCGACAUGUUAAAAGUAAACAGGACCUUGAAAAGCCUAAACAUUGAAUCCAACUUUGUGACUGGAGUAGGAAUCCUGGCCUUGGUCGAGGCCCUGAAAGAAAAUGAAGCUUUAUACGAAAUCAAAAUUGAUAAUCAGAGACAACAACUAGGAACUGGAGUAGAAAUGGAGAUUGCACGAAUGCUAGAGGAAAACACAUCAAUUCUUAAGUUUGGCUACCAAUUUACACAGCAAGGUCCACGAGCCAGAGCGGCAGCAGCCAUAACGAAAAAUAAUGAUCUCGUUCGCAAACGAAGGGUUGAAGGGGACCACAUGUAAACCUUUACAUUUACCCAGGAAAACAUCAUUUUGGAGAUUUCCCGAUCGCCGGUGCAUAAUCUGUUCCUGUGGGCGUCCUGCCUGGGAAGAAGGGAAGAUACUGGAAAACUGCAAACCAUUAUCUGAUCAUUAUUUUCAUUCUCCUGUUUUGUUUUUCAGUCUAAUUUAAAGCAUAAAACUAUAUACUCGAGCCAUAUAUGUAAUAAUUGCAGGAAUGUUAACGUCUCAAAGCAGCUGUGACCAUUUAUACAUCAAGCAUCACACACACAGAUAUCAAGGGAAUCACAGCCAUCAUUUAAGAGUUUGUUACCGGGAUGAGCAGUGCAUUUCGCAACAAAAUGCGUUGGUUCUCAUCUGGUGUACAAAGGAAACAGGAGGAAUAAAACGUGUGCUGGAUACCGUUACAGGUGGCUAAAGGGAAUGAUGGUCUUUGUAGAACAGAAUUAAAAAAGUGAAAAUAUGAGAUGAGAAACACUCCUCAACUAGACAGUUUUUUUUUUUUUUUAACUUUAGACUUAUGUCUCCUUGAGUAGAUAACAUUUCUUUGAAUGUGUUGCCUGUAAGGUUAGGGAAGGGCGUACCUCUGCUCAUAUUGCGCGUCUUUUUAUCAAAUUGAAAUGCUGUGCCGUAUCAUUACAGUCUGCAUGUAAUGUCGGGUAGAUUUCCGGAUGAAUUGAGCCCUGGAGCUGGCUGACUUUCCGCUUGGUGUCAAUGAAAACAUAGUUUUAAAACUAUAAAGUCAAGCGUGAUCUGUGUGAGUUGAUAACCACUUGGCAUAUAGUUCUAAAAGUCUGAGACCUUUAUAACCAGACAAAACUCAGGGUUUUCUUGCUUAAACACCCUCUCUUCUUCGGGGGAAUAAGUUCUACCAAAUAUUUUUAACCAGGUUACAAGCUGUCUGGGUGCAUUGACCACGAUCAAACAUCUUUCUUUUUAAUUAAAGCAAAGCACUUUAAGAUUCUGAGUGCUGAAUGGGAACAUAAACACAAAUGACAAUUGAUCUAUAUGAAGUUAAAAACAAAUGGCUCUACAAAAAAAAAUGUAAACUGUUAGCUAUUUAGAUUACAUUGCAUUUGAACUCUUAGCAAAAUGUUACUGUCCAUAUCAUUGCUGUUUCGAAAUGCUGAAACUAUGUACAUUGGGUAUGUCCUAUGCUGUGUUUUUAUUAUUAUUAUAGUGUAAACAUUUUUACGCAGUGCCAAAUAUUGUUAUGGCGAUAUAAUAUAAAAGGUUAUCUAAAGUAUACGCUAAUCUGUUGUACUAUGAAGAGCUCAGUUUGUCUUCAGCAUUUAUAAAUAAAACUUUUUUUUUUUCAAAAA